UAAGAGACGGAGCCAGGGUGAUGGGCAGGAGGGUGUGUUCCCAAAGUCACUCGCACCAGCCGCACAGAGCGGGUGCAGGCUGAGGGGUGCCCGGCACAACCCUGAACUCACCACGCACCGGACGCCUGUGUCCUCAUGACGAGGCACCUUCAGCCUCCGGAGACUGUGGGCAUUCACGGGCCCUGGCUUCCUCAUGAGCAUCGCCUUCCUGGACCCGGGAAACAUCGAAUCGGAUCUGCAGGCUGGCGCCGUGGCUGGAUUCAAAGUGACCAAGUCGGGGCCUCAGUGGGGUGGGAGGUGACCAGGCUGAGAGCAGAACCCUCAGCUUGCCAGGGGCCCUCAGGGCUGCCAGGGAGAUGGUCUUCCUGGUUCAAAUGGGACAGGAAGGGGUCCCCCAGGGCAGCCUGCGAAGCUGGUUCCUGCUCCGUCUUCCUGCCUCUCCCCAUGGGGUGUCCUGGGUUAGGUGUCCCCAGCCUGCAGCCUUCCAGGACAGCCCCCCUGGCUGAAGCUCUCCCUGCCUCCUCACAGCUGCUCUGGGUGCUGCUCUGGGCCACCGUGCUGGGCCUGCUGUGCCAGAGACUGGCUGCCCGGCUAGGCGUGGUGACGGGCAAGGACUUGGGCGAGGUCUGCCACCUCUACUACCCUAAGGUGCCCCGCACCCUCCUCUGGCUGACCAUCGAGCUCGCCAUCGUGGGCUCCGACAUGCAGGAGGUCAUCGGCACAGCCAUUGCUUUCAACCUGCUCUCAGCUGGACGAAUCCCGCUCUGGGGUGGCGUCCUGAUCACCAUUGUGGACACCUUCUUCUUCCUCUUCCUGGAUAACUAUGGGUUGCGGAAGCUGGAAGCUUUUUUUGGAUUCCUGAUCACCAUCAUGGCCUUGACUUUCGGCUACGAGUACGUGGUGGCUCGGCCGGCGCAGGGACUGCUUCUUCGAGACCUGUUCCUGCCCUCGUGCCCGGGCUGCGGCCAUUCAGAGCUGCUGCAGGCUGUGGGCAUCGUGGGCGCCAUCAUCAUGCCCCACAAUAUUUACCUGCACUCAGCCUUGGUCAAGUCCCGAGAGGUGGACCGUGCCCGCCGGGCGGAAAUCCGAGAAGCCAACAUGUACUUCCUGAUCGAGGCCACCAUCGCCCUCUCCGUCUCCUUGAUCAUCAACCUCUUCGUCAUGGCUGUCUUUGGGCAGGCCUUCUUCCAGAAGACCAACCAGGACGCGUACAGCGUCUGUGCCAACAGCAGCCUCCACGACUACGCCUCGAUCUUCCCCAGGAACAACGACACGGUGUCGGUGGACAUUUACCAAGGAGGCGUGAUCCUGGGGUGCCUCUUCGGCCCCGCGGCGCUCUACAUCUGGGCCGUGGGUCUCCUGGCGGCCGGGCAGAGCUCCACCAUGACCGGCACCUACGCGGGACAGUUCGUGAUGGAGGGCUUCCUGAGGCUGCGGUGGUCCCGCUUUGCCCGGGUGCUCCUCACCCGCUCCUGCGCCAUCCUGCCCACCGUGCUCGUCGCCAUCUUCCGGGACCUGAGGGACCUGUCAGGCCUCAACGACCUGCUCAACGUGCUGCAGAGCCUGCUGCUUCCCUUUGCUGUGCUGCCCAUCCUAACGUUCACCAGCAUGCCCGCUGUCAUGCAGGAGUUUGCCAAUGGCCGGCUGAGCAAAGCUAUCACCUCCAGCAUCAUAGCACUGAUCUGCGCCAUCAACCUCUACUUUGUGGUCAGCUAUGUGUCCAGCCUGCCCCACCCAGCCUACUUUGGCCUUGUGGCUCUGCUGGCCGCGGGCUAUCUGGCCCUCACUGCCUACCUGGUCUGGACCUGUUGCAUUGCCCAUGGGGCCACCUUUCUGACCCACAGCUCCCACCAGCACUUCCUGUAUGGGCUCCUAGAAGACAGGCAGGCCGGUCGGGAAAGCUCUGGAUGAGACCCCCCAGGCCCUGGCUGGGAGAUGGGAUGAAGGGGCAGACUAGCCCCUGGACACAGAUGGGCGUGGACACGAAGGCAGCAAGAUGGAGCCAGACACUCUUGCAAGUCAUCCAAAGGUGGUCCUUAGGGACUUACUGUCUCCUAAUUUGAACAAAGGCUUAAUCUCUUGGUCUGUGUCCUCAUCUGUAAAAUGGGGACAACACCAACCCUGCCUUGGGUAUAAAGCACUUUAUCGCAGUGCCUGGCACAUGGAACUUUUAAAAAUCAUUCAAAAAAAAUUUACUGAGCACA